AUGGCAACGGCGAUGGCGAACGAACGGAAGGGAACGUUCAAGGUGGAAUACCUGCAGAAAAUUGAACGUGACAUCCAGCAACGUUGGCAACGGGACAAGGUGUACGAUGUGGACGCUCCGAAGGAACCACGCAAGCGGGACGAUGAAAAGUUCAUGGUUACCUUCCCGUACCCCUAUAUGAACGGACGGCUUCAUCUGGGACAUGCAUUCUCGCUGUCGAAAGCGGAAUUUGCCGUACGGUAUCAGCGGCUCAAAGGCAAGAAGGUUUUGUUUCCGCUCGGUUUUCACUGCACCGGAAUGCCGAUUAAGGCGUGUGCCGAUAAGCUGAAGCGUGAAAUUGAGUUGUACGGUUGUCCGCCCGUAUUUCCGAGUGAGGAAUCGAUCGUAGUGGAACAGCCAGAAGAUCGGGACGUCGUACCGAAGGAUAAGAGCAAGGGCAAGAAAAGCAAGGCGACGGCAAAAGCCGGCUCGGCAAAGUUCCAGUGGCAGAUAAUGCAAAGUCUUGGUUUGGCCGAUGCGGAGAUUGUGAAGUUUACCAACACCGAUCACUGGUUGGAGUAUUUCCCACCGCUGGCUAUACGCGAUCUGAAGGAGCUCGGUACUCACAUCGACUGGCGGCGUACGUUCAUCACGACGGAUGCGAACCCAUUCUAUGAUUCUUUCGUACGGUGGCAGUUUAAUCAUCUGAAGGCACGUGGCAAGAUUAUGUACGGAAAGCGCCAUACCAUCUUCUCGCCCAAGGAUGGUCAACCGUGUAUGGAUCACGAUCGUUCCUCUGGCGAGGGAGUUGGUCCGCAGGAGUAUACGUUGAUCAAGAUGAAGGUGAUAGGUAAGCUGCCGGCGAAGUUAUCGUCCGCGGUGGGCAAGCGGCCAGUAUAUUUGGUGUGCGGUACAUUACGUCCAGAAACCAUGUACGGACAGACAAACUGUUGGGUACAUCCCGACAUCAAGUACAUCGCGUUCGAAACGGUCAAGCAAGAAGUAUGGGUGUGUACGCGUCGAGCUGCAAGAAAUAUGUCCUUCCAAGGAUUUACCACCGUCGAGGGUGAGCUGAAAGAGCUGACGGAACUCACUGGGCAGGAAAUUAUGGGCCUGCAGCUAUCAGCGCCACUCACCUCGAAUAAGGUGAUCUACACCCUUCCGAUGCUGUCCAUCAAGGAGGAUAAGGGAACUGGUAUCGUAACUUCGGUUCCGUCCGAUUCCCCAGAUGACUACGCGGCCCUGGUUGACUUGCAGAAGAAACAACCGUUCCGGGAAAAGUACGGUAUCACGGACGAGAUGGUGCUACCGUUUCAACCCAUCCCGAUUAUCGAUGUACCCGGUUUGGGUAAUCUGUGCGCCGUGUACGCAUACAAUAAGUUCAAGAUUCAGAGCCAAAACGACCGCGAAAAGCUUACGGAUGCGAAGGAGCUGGUCUACCUGAAAGGAUUCUACGACGGAGUGAUGCUGGUUGGGGAGCACAAGGGCAAAAAGGUACAGGACGUGAAGAAAGACCUAAAGCAGCAACUGAUCGAACGGAACGAAGCGGAUGUGUACUACGAGCCGGAAAAAACGAUCAUGUCGCGAUCGGGCGAUGUGUGUGUGGUGGCACUCUGCAAUCAGUGGUAUCUAAACUACGGCGAGGAAGUUUGGCAAAAGCAAACGACGGAACAUCUACGCACGAUGGAACUGUUCCACGAGGAGGUAUCGCGCAACUUUGAACACUGCCUCGAUUGGCUGCACGAGUACGCCUGCUCGCGUACGUACGGUCUCGGUACGAAGCUUCCGUGGGAUCAACAGUGGCUCAUUGAAUCCUUGUCGGAUUCUACCAUCUACAUGGCGUUCUACACGGUCGCCCAUCUGCUUCAGGCCGGAUCUUUCCGGGGAGAGAAACCAAGUCCGCUGGGCGUUACUGCCGCGGAUAUGACACCGGAAGUGUGGGAUUAUAUUUUCUUCGCCGACGCGAAACCUCCAGUACAGAGCCGCGUCAAACGCGAAACUUUGGAGCAGUUGAAGCGAGAAUUUAACUUUUGGUACCCGGUUGAUCUGCGUGUUUCCGGCAAGGAUCUGAUCCAAAACCAUCUGACGUUCUUCCUGUACAAUCACGUCGCGAUCUGGCCAAAGGAACCGACCAAAUGGCCGAAAGGCGUCCGUUGCAACGGUCAUCUGUUGCUCAACUCGGCGAAAAUGUCCAAAUCGGACGGAAAUUUCCUCACGCUCUAUGAAGCGAUCGCAAAGUUCAGUGCGGACGGUACGCGUUUGUGUUUGGCAGACGCUGGAGAUAGCAUCGAGGACGCAAACUUUGUGGUAGCCAAUGCGGAUGCGGGCAUCCUGCGACUGUACACCUUCAUCGAAUGGGUCAAGGAAACGCUCGCCUCGAUGCCACUGCUUCGUACAGGGCGCGAGGAUCAGUUGUGUACCGAUCGGGGCUUUUCGAGCGAAAUAAAUCUACUAACGCAACAGACAGACGAGUACUACCGGAAGAUGAUGUUCAGGGAAGCGCUGCGGACAGGGUUCUUCGAGUUCCAGACGGCUCGUGACAAAUACCGUGAGCUGUGCGUCACGAACGGUAUGCAUGCGAACCUGGUGAUGAAAUUCAUACAACGACAGGCACUGCUAAUUGCUCCGAUCUGUCCCCAUGUGGCUGAGUUUAUCUGGUGUGAUCUGCUAGGCAAAAAGACGUCCAUCCUGCACGAGUCAUGGCCAACGGUCGAUGUGAUCAACGAGUGGAAUGUGAAAUGCUACGUCUAUCUGAAGGAAGCGGCCCAUUCGUUCCGUGUGGCACGGAAAAAUUUCACCCAGCCGAAGGGAGGUGGUGGCAAGGGCGGUGCUAGCAAGACACUGACCGGGAAACCUAUCGGUGCUACGAUCUGGGUGGCGAAAACAUGCCCACCGUGGCAAUCGUGCGUGCUGGACACGAUGCGCGAACUGUACGAGCGUCAGGGCAAUGAAACACUGCCGGACAACAAGAUCAUUGCGACCGAGCUAGGCAAGAAAGAGGUGCUGAAAAAAUACAUGAAGCGUGUGAUGCCUUUCGCGCAGAUGAUACGCGAGCGUGUAGAAGCGGUCGGAGGGCCGGGGAAACAGGCAAUGGAUGUGAUGAUGGAUUUCGACGAGCACGAUAUACUGAAGGAAAACUACACAUAUCUGUUCAACACGCUCGAAGUGGAUGUAUUAGAGUUCAGAUACACGCACGAAUCGGAUACACCGGAGAAGACGCGCGAGGAGGUCCGACCCGGUGUACCGUUUAUCGAAUUCAAGGUUCUACCGUUCGUGACGGUAACAUUCGAAAAUCCGGUCGAACGGUCCGGCUUGUUUACGGUCAGUAUGAAUCUGUCAGAUAAAUGUACGAGCAAAUCGUUGAAGGAGAAGGUUGCGAAGCAGAUUGGCUUUAAAGCUGACCUGUCGGCUUUGGAAAUUAUGCGAUAUGAAGAUCCGAUACUGGGACCGCGCAGUCUACCCACGUUUCAGGACUACCGGUCUGGCAAGGUGACCAUCGAGGAGGGAGAUUUAAUGGUGGAUAUGGAGAAGCAGCAAGUUCUGCUUAGCAAUCACACCAUCAAGAAUAUGAACAUCGGUACGAAUUUUAUCUACGUUAUCAAUUGA